CAGGUGAUUAACAAGGUUGAUAUAUUGUUUUUGUAUUAAGUAGAAGGAUAUUAAGAGCUGCUAUAGACAAAAACAAAAGGCAAAAGAGAAUCAAGUUGCUUGGGACUUGAACCCCGAAACCAGACGAACUGAGUUUCCAAGUCACACGCACUCGCGUGACAACUGCCAGGCGUUGAUACUUACCAACUGAGCCAUACCUCCCUGGCAGGACUUACUGGAGGGGCGCUUAAUGGCAGCCAUGUAGCCGCAUUAGACGUGUUUGCUUCUGGGUGAGUCUCUCAAAGGGAAAAGGGAAUGUUGACAAACUGAAAUCGACAUCACGUGAUUACAGAACCUGAUUAAGAUAUGAGAGUUCUGUAAAACGUUGGAAUUCACCACGGGCCAGACUGCACUCCCUUGCUUCAACCUCAACGUUCAACGCCUUUCACAACAACACAAAGGAACCGAGCCGUAACUGAAGUAUGUAGACCCUUUUUACUUCGGACUAUAUUCGACGGCAUACAACACACCUAUUGUCAAAUACUUCAAGAGAACAAACAGUUGGAGCCUCGUGGGCAUGUUGAGUGAGAUCGAAACUACAGCCGUGUAACCUCACCUCGACAGCCUUACACACUACACCUCAACCGCGACAGUAGCACUUGACCUGCUGUCAAUACGACAUCACAACUCUUUGUGCCUGUUUUCACUUCCUCCAACACUUCACACCCUCAAACUUCCCUGAUUAACCUUCAUACUUUUUUCGGACCACCACCUUCUUCACACAAAUCACCUUGGUGGCUAAUCAACCAAAGCUCAUUCUACCCACUGUCACCUCUCAAACAGUUUACCUCUCGACACUACAUCACCAGCCAUGGUGCGAAAGCGUAUCGUCGCCAAACCUGCGAACCCUCCGCCAUUUGCCCCUACUUCUGACCAGGAUGCUCAGAUCGAAGCCUUGGCUACCUUCUUAGAUACUGGCAGUCCUCUAAGCGAACCUAUUCAAUCGACAGGCCCUCCAGCAAUAAUGCCAACAUUCGUCUACCAAGGUUUACCCCAGGGUGGUUACAAUGUGCGAUCUAACGAGGAGCGUGGCGGAAGCCAAAACUUGGUAUAUCGUUUUCAGAACACCGAGCAAGAUAUGAAGACUAUUUUGCGCGAGCUCGACGAAGAAGAAGAACGCUUGUGGAAGAUAAUCGAUUUGAAGAAGGCUCCUGUGCUAGUGAGUAAAUUUAAGCAAGCGGAGGGAUUCGAGAGGCAUUACAGCCAGUUUCGCGAUUCCGAGGUCCUGAACGAUCUAAACGAGAGCAUUGGUGCACUUACAGGCCAUAUCUCCACUGACGAACAAAUCAAACUUCAUGCCAAGUUGCAGAGCAUUACGGAACAAUUGAAAGCCACGCCUCUAAAUACCCAAGUCUAUUUAACCCACCCAGACGGCUCGCCCAAUGAAAAUGCAUUUGAACAAGAAGCGGCUGUACAGAAGAUGCUGCAGGAAAUUUCUGAUCUUAAUACGAAUAUUAAGCUCUGGGCGAACACGGAUAACAAAACCAAAGAACUGGCGAACGAUGCCCAAGAGCUGGCAGAGGAGGCUAAAGAACCAGUGAGAGAGAAGAGUGACGAAGUUGAAUGGGACACCAAAAACGCCAUCCCCAAGACUAAACCUCUUAUAAUCCGCUCUGGUCAGAGCUAUGAGUCGAUAUCGAUGCCACCCAUGGACACGCAGGGUCCAGAGUUAACUGCAGAUACUAAUCAUAGCUCUCCACAUACCAGAGAUGCUACCAGAGAUGCUAUGUCGGCACCCGAACCCGAUGUGAAAACCGAACUCGAAGUGAAAAGUGAGAGGGAACAACCUGCGAUUCAGGACUUCGGAACGACUGGAGGUGAAAACAUAAUCGCUGCUGAUUGGGCACAUUUACCCACCGCCAAACCCGUCAUGUAUGCCGAUGUUUCCCAUUCCAAAAAGAACAUCGACCUCUGGGUUGCCUUCUGGAGCGGCGACAAAAGUACUUGGGACCCAUUGCACGAGUAUUUGAUCGGAUUCCCAAAGUCAGCACGCGAUGGCAUAUGGGAAGAACGAAUGAACUGGCUUAGAAAGGGCACAUGUGAUCCGGCUUUACCAGAUGUAUGGGUUCCCAAACCAUUGGAUAAAGCAGCACGCUCCGCUGGAAGACAGAUAGACAAGGUUGACUUGUCUCUAAUCAAGGAGCUGAUCGAUAAACAGAACAUGAAAACGGCAGUUGAUAGCGAGCAACUCUUCAAGAAGCUCGAGGCGCUCCAGAAACCGUCUCAACUUUGGGGCAACGUGGACAUCCCCCGCCAGAAAGCCGUUCGUAAUGCCCCCGCCCAAAAAAUCAACGUCCGCGCUGCUAUCCCAGUUACUCAGGGCCCAUUGGGUUUUGCUCGAGAUUUCCACGACCCAACAAGACACGAGCGCCAGCUAGCGCAACAUGACGUUGUGCAGCGCGAGGAUCAGAUACAGAAGCGCUCGGAUCACCUGCACGAGAUUGGUAGCUCGCUGCUAGACCUCGAGAUGCAGCGACAUGAGGCCCAAAUCGUGUUGAAGCGGCGCGAGAAGCGUCAACGGGAGCUCGCGGAGCUGCUACACAAGCGCGAACAGAACCUGAAGAACCGCGAGCUGGAGUGGGAGAAGCACCAGAACCAGCGACAGGGCACCGAAGGGCUGCUGAAGCAGCGUGAGGAGCAUUUGCACAAGCGCGAGAAGCAGCAACAGGAGAUCGAUGGGCUGCUACAGAAGCUUGAGGAGAAGUUACAGGAGCGUGAGUUCCAGUUGGCGGAGCGUGAGCACAGUGUGCAAAACCGCCAGGUCGAGUGGGAGAAGCACCAAGAGCCACAGCGGGAGAUUGAGAGGCUGUUGCAACAGCGCCUGGAGCAAUUACAGAAGCGUGAAUGCCAACUGCAGACUCGUGGGAGCCUGCUACAGACUCGUGAAGAUCAGUCGCUAAAACGCGAGGACCAGCAGUUGACCCGCGACACACUGUUGCAGCGCCACGAGGCUGAUAUAGAAGCUAGAAUAGCCACAACGAAGCAGCAAGCUACGGAGAUGCAGGAAAAGUUGACGCAGCUGACCAAUGCUCGCGAAAAGCUGACGAGGGAUACCGCGAAGCAAAAUGGUGAUAUAGGUAAGCGCACCCAGCUAGUCGGGAAACGAGAGGCGGCAGUGGCGUCUCGCGAAAAAUGCUUGGAGAAGCUCAGGAUGAGUCUACACAAGCAGUAUAAGGUGUUAAUGGAUGAAUCGGAAAAGGCCUGUGUCGAUUGGGGCGGGUCAUCAACAGGGGACUGGCCGAGUGUGCUCGAGCUGGCGGUGCAGGUCAAGAUGUACGUCGAAGCCAAGGUUUUGCAAUGGAACCAAAAUGAAACCGAAUUGGCGGAUCUUAAUAAGAUGGCGGUGGAGAUCGAGGAGGAGGCCAAGAGGGUGAUUUUCGGAGGCAGAAAGAUUAAGCUCGCAGAUGUUAAGAAGGUGGCCGCAGUUCUCACGGCGAAUGACGAGAGGGAUGCUGUAGUCCUUAUAGAGGCGAAGAACAAAUUCACCGGUAUUCAGGAGUGGAACAGACGUCACGGGAAUAUUCCUGCUGCCACUUCAGCGGAGGACAACGAGCCCACCGCAUGGAGCAUAUUUACGACCGAGCAGCCCCUAGCCUCCACUCUUUUCGAUGGCUGCUCCGGUAAAUGGGGAUGCGUAUGUGCGACGUGUCGCGAGCGGGACAAUAUCUGGAACGUCCACAUGCAAGCUUCUGACAAGAACUGUGGCGCGAAGGUCUCCGAUUCUCGUGCUGGGAGUUCCUCCGGGGAGUGCAGAUGCACAUGGGGAGCAUGUAAGUGGUGUACGAGCUAAGAAGCUCGCCGCUUCAUCUUCAACCAAAAAUUGGCCAAGCAAAGGAUAUGAGAAACCCCCCUUCUUCAGCAAGAAUGAUACCGCGGCGGGUUGGUGAUGCGAAUCUGUCGAAGGACGCAAACAGCGAACUGACGAGGACGAAACCGAGCGGCUUCCAUAUGGCACCCUCAAGAGCUCGAGAAUACCGAACCGACGAAGACGUGGCCUAGGAAGCUUGAACGGCACCGUAAUAGCUCGAGCACAUUCAUAUAAUCUUCUCUUUCUCACGCCCUUGCACGUAACAUCUCUGAUUUUUUAUUUUGCUUCGCAACGACGAAACGAAUGCAUUCCACGGCCUCUUCUCUUUCCCCAGGCGUCACCAGCAGCGCGGCGUACCAUCCCCAAGCACGAGAUAACGGGGUACCUUUUGUGAACACCCAGUCACAGAUUCCUUCUUCGUCUUCUUCACUCGGCGUCGGGGCGGUGGCACGGUACAACAUUUCCAUGGGCGACGGAAGGACGGAAUGGGCCGGAUGGCGUUGCACACCUACAUGGUUUCUUAGCUAGUUUUGCGCACAGCAUUUGUCCAUAAGGCGGGAAGGAUGAAUUGAAGUUCUCUCCAUCUGAUUCUGCGAUCUCGGCCGGCCUGUCAGCUAGGCGGGUAAGUGAUCGUGCAUUGUGCUGUAACUUAUACCGCUGUAACCCGUAAACCAUUAAACCCCUUAUCCAUGCCGCGGAUCCAUAGAAGGAUGAAU